UCGCCCAUAUCGGUCUCUUCCGGCUGAGUGUCAGCAGCAGCAACAGCAACAGCAUCAUCAUCAUCAUCAUCCCUGUCCGAGAGAAGCGAAAUCCAGCCAUCAUCACAGGUGUCCCUGUUUCCAGAGACAAGAAAGAGAGACCAUGUUUUAGAGACCUUGUGCUGUCAGCCCAUUCUCUACAAUGAACAAUGAAGACGAGUUCUAUGAUGCCGUCACAGGUCAUUGUGCUGGAAACCUGAAGCCUGAUAUCAUAUCAACCAAGUCGCUCAAAUCAGGUGGUACAAAACGCUUGGAUUCAGAUGAGUCGUGUGAAGGCGCAUCAGAAGCCAGUUUUAAAGACGCUGUAGUGUAUGACGGCGGUCAGAAGAACAAUGGAGCUGUUCCUCAGGAGAACGGAAUUAAGAAGCGCAGGUCGUCUCUUCCUGCCCCUAUGUUCUCCAGAAAUGAUUUUAGUGUUUGGAGCAUUCUCAAGAAAUGUAUUGGACUGGAGCUGUCCAAGAUCACCAUGCCCAUUGUGUUCAAUGAGCCCCUGAGCUUUCUACAGAGAAUCUCUGAGUAUAUGGAGCACACAUACCUCAUCCACAAAGCCUGCUCACAGAACGACUCUAUAGAGAGGAUGCAGACGGUAGCUGCCUUUGCUGUGUCUGCAGUCGCUUCUCAGUGGGAUAGAACUGGAAAACCUUUCAACCCGCUUUUAGGAGAAACCUACGAACUCACACGAGAGGAUCAGGGUUUCAGACUGAUCUCAGAGCAGGUGAGUCACCAUCCGCCCAUCAGUGCGUUUCACACUGAGAGUCUGACAGGCGACUUUGUGUUCCACGGCUCCAUCUACCCCAAACUCAAGUUCUGGGGCAAAAGUGUGGAGGCAGAACCUAAAGGGACCAUCACGCUAGAGCUUCACAAGCAUAAAGAGGCAUACACAUGGACGAACCCCUUAUGCUGUGUACAUAAUGUAAUUAUCGGUAAACUGUGGAUUGAACAGUACGGCAAUGUGGAAAUCGUCAACCACAGUACUGGAGAGAAGUGCGUGCUGAACUUUAAACCCUGUGGGAUGUUUGGAAAGGAGCUGCACAGAGUUGAAGGUUACAUCCAGGAUAAGAGUAAGAAGAAGCGCUGUGUGAUCUAUGGGAAAUGGACGGAGUGUAUGUGGAGCGUCGACCCACAUGUGUACGAGGCCCAUCGGAAGCUCGAGAAGAAGGGAGCGACGGACACUAAGAAACAGAAACAGGAGGAGCCAGAAGCUGUCAACGAGGAUGCCGAUGAAAUGCCUGAUGUACAAGAGACUGUGGCCGUGGUUCCUGGUAGCACAUUAUUAUGGAGAAUAUCAUCUAGACCGCCUCAUUCGGCAGAGAUGUAUAACUUCACUAACUUUGCCAUGACACUGAAUGAGCUGGAGCCUGGCAUGGAAGGAGUGCUGGGACCAACAGACUGCCGCCUACGGCCUGACAUCAGAGCCAUGGAGAACGGCAACAUGGAUGAAGCCAGCAGAGAAAAGGAGAGACUGGAGGAGAAACAGAGAGCAGCUCGUAAGGAGCGGGCCAAAGAUGCCGACGAGUGGUCCACAAGGUGGUUUCAGUCAGGCACAAACCCAUACACAGGAUCACAGGACUGGCUGUACACUGGUGGCUACUUUGAUAGGAAAUACACAGACUGUCCUGAUAUCUACUGAUGAGGAGGUGCAAGUUCAAAGGGCAGAGAUUUCGUCACCUCCUUCCUCACCAUGCACCAUAUUGUACCCAACCCGAAAACAAUAGCGCUUAUGCUCACAUUAAUAUCGUGCGGCCACCAUCUUCAGCACUUGCGUUUAUGAUCGAGCUUUUUGAAUUGCCCUUUGAAAGCAUCUUCUCUCACAUCAUCAACCCUGUAGGUUUUAUCAAUGGAGGAGAGCGCCGAAACAGCAGUAGGAGAACAGAUCUGCUUUUGAACGGUCAAGCCUCAUCAGAGCUCCAGCUGGUUCACGGUCAGUGAUGCUGGAGCUCAACGUAGUUACAUCACAUGAAGUCACCGAUAAAAUGUGACGGAGUUGCUUUGGCCGUUUUCCAUGUACAGUAGGCGUUUAACAAACUAAUUCCAGAUGUUUUGAGUUGGGCUAGCACUGAGCCGCCUAAGACCUCGGAUCCAGCUGUACAUAGAGCGUGAAUGUGAUCAAGCAUUAAUUAAAAAUUACAACACUUAUAAUGUUUAGUGAAUGAUGAUGAAUGUUAAUAAUGAUCUCUUUUUGUGUGUGUGUGUGUGUGUGUGUGUGUGUGUGUGUGUGUGUGUUAGUGGCAAUUAAUGUUAAAAGCUAUCGAUUUUUUGUUUUGUUUUAAUUGGUACAAUAUUUUGCCUUUUGGAUUCGGUUUCAGAUUAAACUUUACCCAAAAUAUCCUCACCAUGCGUUCAAUAUUGGUGAUGUGUUUUAAAAAUAGCCUCAAAAGCUCUUUUUUUCCCUUCUUUUUUUUCACUUUGUGGUUCCCGCAGAGACUCAUGGGAUGUAAAAUAGGCUGAUUGUACUGAGUUUAAUAAGGUAAAACUAGCUCUGUUGACAUUGUAAAUGCACAAUUUUCAUAUUCCACAGUUUUUAUAAGGUAUCGGUGUCACACUAAAUUGUUCAAGCACUAUCCGUUGAAUUUGUUUUAUGAAAAGUAGGGUUUCAUGGGUUGUUUUAUCCAUCAGCAUUUGCAUUUGUUAUCGCUGCUCUCAAACAUAGACAUGUACAUUGUGUAUUUGAGAAAACGGACUAAAUCUAUGCAACCCAUCAAACUGCUCAAACACCCCAUAAUAUUUCAGUCUUGAUGAACGUAUGGAAUGGCGGCUUAUAUAACAUGCAUCUCAUUUGAGAGGAUAUUUCCUGCCUAUAAAUGCCAUAAAGUAUUUUACGAUCUAUACAUAUUCUCAUUCAGACAGCUUCCUUUCGUUUAGAGAUGAUCUGAAGUCAAAUAAGCGGGUUUGAAGCACAGUGAUGCAACAGUUGCUGCUCUUUUCAAGUACACACACAUACACACGUUUAGUUUCCCACAGUGCCUGACUUUGAAUGCAUAUGUUAGUCACUAAUGCUUAACCUUAAGCGGUUUGUUCUAAGCACCUUUUCCCUCGUCUAAGUACUAAACAUCAAUAGGGAUGUCAAAAUGUAGUCACCAUUUGUUAGAUACACACCUGACAUUCAGUACACUACUUGUUUUGCAUCCUUUAUUGUUAUCUUUUGCUUCAUUAAAUGUACAUUUGAUCAUUUGAAAACUAGCGUUAUGAGACUAAUAUUACACAAUUAAACUAUAGAUUUAAUUUUUAUGUGGCUUUGUGUGAGUUCAUUGUGUAAGUGGAAUGAUUAAGCGUCCCUCUUGUCGUAUUUUCAAUGUACGGAUGUCUGUAUGUUCCAAGAUGUUGCACAUAGAUUUCUAGCAAUCAUAAGCACAUGGCUCUUAUUUUGUGCAAUGAUUUAUUUUUAUAGUAUUUAAUUUUUUGUUAAAAGGUGUCAAAAGGUAUUUUACUGUGAGAUGAGGCUUGUACUUCAUUUGUGAACAGUUUGCUUUGGAAUUAAAGGGGAUGUCAUUCUGGUGAGAACAAAUUCUACUAACUGAAAUUUUAGUUUGAAAAUGUUGAUUCUUUUGGAAUAAAAAAAAUGACAUUGAUAAA